AUGUCGGACUUCGAAGAUGAAAUGGAUGUGGAUGCCCCGCCCUCCAAGAAUACUGUCCAGUUCAGCUCCGAUAAUACCAAUGCGAGAGGCAAAAGAAUAACAGCCGACCUUCCCAUUGAAGCAGAGGAUAAUCUACCAUGGGUUGAAAAGUACCGCCCAAAUACCCUAGAAGACGUAUCCGGACACCAAGAUAUCAUUGGUACUAUAAACAGAUUUAUCGAUACGAAUCGAUUGCCUCAUUUACUGCUCUAUGGUCCUCCAGGGACGGGGAAGACGUCAACCAUCCUUGCCCUAGCACGCCGGAUAUAUGGAGUCAAGAAUAUGCGGCAGAUGGUCCUGGAGUUGAAUGCCAGUGAUGACAGAGGAAUUGAUGUUGUCAGAGACCAGAUCAAAACAUUCGCCAGCACCAAACAAAUAUUCUCGAUGGCUCCAGCCGCUAAGGCAGAAUCAACCCUUGGGGCAUUCAAAUUGAUCAUCCUAGAUGAAGCCGACGCGAUGACUGCCGUAGCGCAGAUGGCCCUCCGUCGCAUUAUGGAGAAAUACACCGCGAACGCUAGAUUUUGUAUAAUUGCAAACUAUUCCCAUAAGCUCUCUCCCGCUUUACUGUCGCGAUGCACACGAUUCAGAUUUAGCCCGUUGAAGGAGAAAGAUAUCCGUGUUCUAGUGGACCAGGUCAUCGAGACGGAGCAGGUGCGGAUACAGCCCGAAGCAAUUGAUAGCCUUGUCAAGUUGAGCAAGGGAGACAUGCGGCGAGCAUUGAAUGUACUCCAAGCUUGCCAUGCAAGCAGUAUACCCCUUCCCAUCAAGAACGCCCCAAAGGACCAGCCCACUCCCGACCAUGAGACCAUCACCGACGAAACAAUCUAUACUUGCAUCGCGGCCCCACACCCAUCCGACAUCAAAACGAUUAUCACCGCGCUAUUAACAACCAGCGACGUGACGUCGUGUUUGAACACUAUCAAAACAUUGAAAUCCAAUAAGGGACUUGCUCUGGCGGAUAUCUUGACAUCAAUAUCGACAGAGUUGCAGCACAUUGAAGUGCCUGCGGCGACACGGAUAAUCUGGAUGGAAGGGCUGGCAGAUAUCGAAUGGCGCCUAGCUGGGGGUGGAGGGGAAAUGGUCCAGACCGGUGGGCUGGUUGGAGUGGUGCGCGGGGGAUGUGAACUAGCAGGAAAACUAGAUGCCCCUCACCAUACCUCGUCUAUGGAUAUAUGA